GGGGCCAGUCUCCUAGCCGCCCCUCGAUCCACUCCUGGCCUGGCGUCUGCUCUCAGGGUCGACCUCCAAGCUAGCUACGGGCGGGUCAGGAUCUCCGCGUCGCCAACGUUCCCUUCCUUCUGAGCUGACACUGCGAGGAACCAAAUCCUCGCCGAAUUUUCUAAGGGAAACCUUCCCUUCAGUUGGAGCCUCACAAUGUCGGAGCAGGGGUCCCAGCGUUCCACCAGUGUCUCGUCUAUCUUACGAGCUCUGAAGGAGCAGGGUCCUUUCAUUCCAAACCCCGCCACACCCCCUGUGUGAACGCCGAGAGUUUUCCAACUCACUGACGUGUCCACAUUGCACCCAAGACUCAUCAACUCUAAGAGGGUGAUAUGACAGUAAAAGGGAUAAGGGGUGAAGCGGAUGCCAGAGGAGUGGAAGCGGGAGCUGGGGCGGUCGCGAGGAGGUUCGGACAGGCCGGGAGUCCGCGUGUCGGGUGGAGGGCUCACUAAGCACUCAGCUGCCUUUCUUGUAUCGCAUCAGGUCAGCACGUGCGUCUCAGUUACGUACUAAACUGACCCCACCCAGCAGAGGCCCCAUUCCUUUCGUCUUCCUCCUCCUACAUGGUCCUCCUCCACCUGGACUACACCUUUGCCUCAAGGGAGCCCUCCGACAGGAAAGGACAAAGGACACGCUGGGGACCAGGGUGUCCACAUGUUCAGAAUGCCAUUCUUUACCACCUCAUGGCCACCAUGCAGCAUGGUGCCAUACCUGUGACCAACACUGAGUCCUUGCCUGACCCUGGACAGUCCAGAAUUUAUUCAGGCCACAGCCCCCCUCUCUGUGCAAUCCAGACGAAGGGAGCAGUGUUCCUGGUGAGCCAAAGGGGGGCCGGGUUUUACAGCUCUAGGGAACCAAGGACGCACAUCAGGGCUCCGUCAGCAAGACCAGGUGAGAGAAGGGGUCAGAUGCGGGGAUGUGGAGGGGAGGUGUCUUGUGGGAUCCUGGCAUCAUGCUGGGGUAACUCAGGUAGUUAUGGCCAGAGAAAUGAAUGAGUCCACCCUUCCCGGGAGGGCUCUGUACCCUCACCCACCCACUCCGCCCGUGCACAAGGCCACCUACAGCCCCACCCUUUGCCUAGAGUCCCACCCCGUGAAAUAAAGCCACGCCCCGUGGGAGGAUAAGCGCUCCUCCCAUUCCCCCCGACGCAGUUCUAAGUUGAAUGGAGCAAAGCAAGGAUCCAUCCAAACCGGGUCUUUUGGGAAACCCUGGAGCGCGAAGGCUUCUGGGGAAUUAAGUUUCCACUGGGCACCUCGGCUGGGUUUACGCAUGCUCGCGGCUAGGGGCGGAGUCUACACGAGCGGUGGGCAAGGUUAGGGAUCCUACGUAGAAAGCUCGAUUUUCCACGUCUUAAGCAUGUUUCCCCCAGACCCAUUUCCUUCUACUUGCUAAGUUGCUCAACCUGCCUGACUGGCUCUACGCAGGCUACUCAGUCACCCUGGCUCGCAGUCCCUGUCCUACUUGGUCUCUCCUUCCUGGUGUUUUCCCGAGUGGUGUCCGAGCCCGUCCCACUGUAGUGUAGACCCAGAAGAGCUCGCCGGUUGGCCCAUAGGCUUGCAACUAUUGUCUCCCCUAGCCCCACUGUCAUUCUUCGUGUCCCCUAUGGGCGAGGAGGUAGAGGUACAAAAGCAAAAAAGGGUGCCAGGGACAAGAGUGGGUACAGAGGACAGAAAACUUUGGGGAGCUUUCACCCCAACUCACCAACACAGGGAAACUGCAGUUCCAGAAACAAGCUGAAAAUGUCACUUGUGUCUGAAGUCCAUGUCACCAAUUGUAUCUACAAAGUUGUGUCAAACAUUUUUUUAUUGUUGUUAUUAAAAUGGACAACCCUCCAAGUGGUCUCAAGAAUCCCAGUGUCUGCUGGGUACGGACAGUAGGUGGCAUGGAGGAACUCUGGACAGUGGCUCUAGAAUCCAAAGGCCUGCCUCCACUUCCUUCUUGAGGCCGUGACCCAAGGAGGUAGGACAUGCUCAGAUGAAUCGUGCUUGACUCACCCUCGAUUGGCAAAUGCCCCUUGGAGCCCAAACCUUGGCCUCCACCCAUCUGGGAAUGAGGGGUGACUGGCUGCUGUGCUCUAGUUGCUAAGGCCUCUUGGGAUCUUGGGAACCCCAUCUUUGAGCUCCACCCCAAAGCCCCACCCCUGUCUAGGAGGGAAAAGGCACCUGCUGGUAGCUCCGCUCACAGGCACUGGGACCUGAAGCUGGAAGACACUGCUGCUGCUUCCUGCAGCCUGAGCCAUGGACCCCCAUGAGAUGCUUACGAAGAAUCCAUAUGCCCACAUCAGCAUCCCUCGGGCUCACCUGCGGUCUGACUUGGGGCAGCAGUUAGAGGAGGUUCCCCCUUCAUCUUCCUCCUCUGAGACUCAGCCUCUGCCUUCAGGAGCCUGUGCCCCAGAGCCAGCGGGCGUCUUGCAAACCACCGAAGCCCCAGGGCCCAAGGGCAUCAAGGGGACCAAAGGUACUCCCGAGCAGAGCCAACAGACCUGGCAGUCACCCUGCAAUCCCUACGGCAGUGGGCAGCGUCCAUCAGGACUGACUUACGCUGGCCUGCCGCCCGUGGGGCGUGGUGACGACAUUGCCCACCACUGCUGCUGCUUCCCUUGCUGUUCUUGCUGCCACUGUCCACGGUUCUGCCGUUGUCACAGCUGCUGUUGUGUUGUCUCCUAGCCUGGCUAUCCAAUAACCAGGGCUGUGGGGCCCAGGCCUCAGCUCAAUGCCAAAGUGGUGCCGGACAUGAGAAGCGGCCAUUGUCACGGGCAUCAGCCACUUCCCGCUCUGGACAGGGGAGCCUGUCCACCAGGAAGGCUCAACUGGUGCCCUCUGGAAUACGGUCCCAGCCACUAGCCAUGUUGGCAGCAAUAGGGACACCCUUCACUUCCUGCAAGACUUUGGCAAUAAAGCGGGGUGAGCAUUGUG